GUCACCAUUAACUUGUGUGAGAGAGAGACAUAUACUGAGUGGAGCUGGUCUCCACAAGCUUGCUGAUAUAACGGGGACUGGGAAUUACUGUAUACAAAAAGCUAGGCACAAAAUAUAAGCAAAAUACAGAAUCUGCCAAGGAGGAGAAGAACAAUUUAUUUAUAUGAAUUCAUCAAUACAUUUCUUAUAUACACUUGAGGAGUAUCUAAGAAGUGAGAGGUCUUGCUAAGCGUAAAGGAAGACCAUCAGAAGGAGACACCACCUGGAGUGGUAGUUUAUCAUUGGACUUUCAGGAAUCCUUACCAUUAAAAGAAAGAAUGGCUCUGUAUCAAGCUGCCACUUCAAAUAAAAAUCAGAUUUCCUCAACAAAUAUGCUAGGGGAGACUGAAAAUAUCACUGUGGCUGGUGGGUUGGCUAAUGUGAAGAAACGCUUCGAAAAGACGGGCAUUGCUUCCUCACGCAGUGCAGUAACUCAGUAUCAGCACAAAUCUGUAAAGGAAACAAGACAAAUCAAUACAGUCACAAACAGCACCCAAGUGAUUGAACAACAGGUUUCUCAAGGUGGAACUAAAUUUUCAUCCUCAGAAACAGAAAAGGCGUCUGCUCAUGAGCAAAGUAUCAGUGAGUCAAACAUGCUAUCUAAUUAUAAUCAAGAAGGUGAUGCAGUAGCUUUUGAAGAAAUGCCAAAGAAUUCCACACAAGUGCUUAAGGAUCAAUUUGAAAGAUCUCUCAAGGAAAAAAGUACCUGUGAAAAUGUUUCUUCUGAAGGAAAACAAGCAAAGAUUCAUUAUGACUAUCCAGAGUUUGAAUGGCCAAUCGUAAACACCAGCCUCAAUGACUCAGCAAGCAGAGCAUAUGAAGAAAUAACCACAGCUAUAACAGAACAUACUUCAUCUUCAGUUAAUGCUAGCUGUUCUAAUUUUGGGAGUUUAGAAGACUUUCCUCCACCUCCCCCAGAUAUUUUACAGUCAUCAGAAAAGGCAGACUUUUCCCAGUCCCCAGAACCUCUCAGCUCUAUAGAAAGACAUGGCACCACUGUAUCCAAAGAUUUGUAUUCCAAGCAAAGAAACCUUUUUGAACUUAAACGUUUAUAUAAGCACAUUCACCCAGAAGUUAGAAAGAAUUUAGAAAAGGAAAGUUAUAAUGAAGUUUCAGAUAUUGGGGCUAGUCAGAAUGAACAAAGUGGUAUACAGCAAGCUAAGUAUGCUUUUGAAAAUGCUGGAUAUAGCCAACAAAAAUGUGUUAGUCCUGAAAGAGAAUAUCUGGAAUGGGAUGAAAUUCUGAAAGGAGAAGUACAGUCUAUGAGGUGGGUCUUUGAGAAUCAACCGUUGGAUACAAUUAAAGAUGAAUCCUCAGAACAAAGUCAUAUUAAAAGUAUUGGUGAGCAGGAAAUUAUUGCUGGAGGAGAUGUGAAAUAUACAACAUGGAUGUUUGAGACACAACCAAUUCAUGCAUUAAGUACAGACCCUUCUAGUUCUUCAGACAAUGUUGAUAAGGUUCCUGAACUUGCAAGGGGAGAUGUUCGAACAGCUACUUGGUUGUUUGAAACACAGCCAUUAGAUGGUCUGAAUAAAAUUUACAAAGAAAAAUACACAUCUGAAAUUGCAGAUGGUAGUGAAGAUAUUAGAGAAGGUGAUGUAAAAACCAGAAAGCAUUUAUUUGAAACCCAUUUUAAUAGCCAACUUUGUUCCGUAGAUGAAAUAAAUUUGCUGAGACUUAGAUCUGAGCUCCAAGAAAUUAAAGGUGAUGUUAAAAGAACAGUAAAACAGUUUGAAACAGAACCUAAAUACUUCCUUAAAGACAGUUCAGGUAAAGUAAUGGAAAUUAAAACAGUUUGCAGGGAAGAUAUUGAGAAGGGUGAUGUCAAAACUGCAAGGUGGUUGUUUGAAACCCAACCUUUGGACACAAUUAAUCAAGAGGAAGUCGAAAUUAAGGUUGUCAGGGGGAUAUCUAUGGAAGAAAAUGUUAAAGGGGGUGUUGGAAGAGCAAAGUGGCUUUUUGAAACCAAUCCUUUAGACACAAUAAAAGAACAAGCUGAUUCUUUCAUUGAAAAGGAAACUGUAAUUGGUGCUGAUGUGUACCAAAAAUGUUGGCUUUUUGAAACAGUUCCAAUGGAUGUUUUAAAAGACAAUUCUAAUGAUAGGCCUCAGCUUGGAGAAGAAAUAAUAGGUGGAGAUGUCAGUAAUACAAAAUAUUUAUUUGAAACUGUUCCAAUGGAUGAACUCAAAGAAAAUGUUGAAGUAGGUAGGCUUAAACAAGUAGUUACAAUUGAAGAGGAGAAAGGGGAUGUGCGCCAUCAAAGAUGGGUUUUUGAAACAAAACCCCUUGAACAGAUCAGGGAGGAAAAAAAAGAAUAUAUUAGAACAGUAAAACUUGAUGACAUUCAUAGAGGGAAUUUCAGUAGUUGUAAAAAUGCAUUUGAAACAGAAAAUUGGUCAAAAUGUAGUCUUCCUCACAAAAUAAAUGUCGAACAUUUUGAUAAGGAUGCUGUAAAAAUUAACACGAAACUUUUUGAAACAACUCCAAUAUAUGCAAUUCAAGAUCGUUUUGGAAAUUAUCAUGAAGUUCAGACAAUACGUCAAGAGGAAGUUGUACGAGGUGAUGUACGAACCUGUCAGUGGAUGUUUGAAACUAUACCAAUUGACCAGUUUGUUGAAAGUGUUGAAAAAUAUCAGCUUAUUAAAGGAAUAUCAUCUCAAGAAAUACAAUCAGGGGAUGUAAAAACAGGAAAGUGGCUUUUUGAAACACAACCUUUAGAUUCAAUUAAAUACUUUAGUAAUGUAGAAGAUGAAGAAGUAAUUAAAGAAUAUGAUAUUGUUAAAGGAGAUGUUAAGAAGUGCAAAUGGCUAUUUGAAACUCAGCCAAUGGAAACUCUUUACGAAAAAGAUGAUACAAUCAGAAAUAAUGAUGACAUUCAGAAAGGAGAUGUAAAAACGUGUACCUGGCUUUUUGAAACUCAGUCAUUAGAUUUGAUACAAGAUGAAUCUGAAAAAUCAGUUAGCUUGCAAACUGUUCAUAAGGAGGAAAUCCAAGGUAAAGAUGUACAAACUGUCUGUAUUCUUUUUGAGACAGAGAAUUUGGAAAAUAUCCAGGGAGAAGAAAAAAAGGAUUUCAAACGAGUAGUUGAAACUGAUGUACAAUCAGGCGACGUUUCUACAAUGAAAUAUAUUUUUGAAAACCAGUCACUAGAUAAAAUUAGUACAAGUUCAGAAGAGGUCUUACAAAAAAUUAAAAGAAUGAAAUCUGAGGAUCUCCAGAAUGGAAAUGUUUUAAACUGCAGAUGGCUGUUUGAAAAUCAUUCUAUGGAUGAGAUAAAUGCAGACCAAAAUGAAAACAAAUCUACCUAUGCAAUUACAGAUGUGCAAGGUGGUAAUGUGAGAAAGGGCUGUUUUAUUUUUGAGACUUUUUCAUUAGAUCAAAUCAAACAUGAAACUUCAGAAGACCAUCUUAUAAGAACUGUUGGUGACAAUGAGAUAAUAAAAGGAGAUGUGAAAAAUUACACACUAAUGUUUGAAACAAAACCUCUUUAUGCUAUUCAAGACAAGGAAGGAUUUUAUCACGAAGUAACUACAGUAAAGAAGGAAGAAGUAUCUCAUAAUAAUGUUCGUGGAACAAGAUGGCUGUUUGAGACAAAACCUCUUGAUUCUUUUAAUGAUUCAGAAAACAUAUAUAUAAUUAAGGCUGUCACCCAAGAAGAUAUUCAAAAGGGAGAUGUUAGCUCUGUACGAUGGAAAUUUGAAACACAGUCAUUAGAUACAAUUUCUGAUCAUGUGAAAGAAAAUAUUUCCUCACUUGAAAAUAUUCAAGGGGGUAAUGUUCAGGCCAAUAAACAAUUCUUUGAAGAAGAACAAGAUAAAAAUCAGUUUGUGAGAACCGUAAGCAUAAGUGAAAUUAAACAUGGAAAUGUUAAAACAUCAACAUGGUUAUUUGAGUCACAUAAAAUAUGUGAAAUUCAUGGAGAUGAUUAUCAAAAUAUAAAGACAGUGACCAUGGAGGAUGUCAGUAAAGGUGAUGUAAAAGAAGCUAUUUGGUUAUUUGAAAACCAAUCUUUGGACUCAAUCAGAGAAGUUGAUGAAAGUGGGAAAGCGAUAACGAAGGACGAAAUUCCACAGGCAGAUGUGAGUACUACAACUUGGCUCUUUGAGACAACACCUCUGCAUGAAUUUAAUGAGCACAAAAUUGAGAGGCAAGAAAUCAUUGGGAAAAGUAUCCAAGAAACAUUAAGAGAAUUAUACAAUCGUAAGAUAGUUGAAUCACAUGGAAUUAUCUUAGAAGCAGAUGAAAUUGGUGAUGUCCGGAUGGCCAAAUAUCUACUCAUGAAUCAAGAAUCUCCAGAAAUUCAAAGAGAAGAAAUUAUAAGAGGAGACCUUCAGAACAUAAUGAUGAACUUACUUUCACAAAACAGCACCUCAGAAAGAAUGGUUUUAUUAAAUGAUGAAGAAAAAGGUAAUGUCCAGUUGACAAAAUCUCAGUUGUUAAACUGCUCAAGUGAUCUCCAGCUUAAAAGAGAGGAUAUUGUGAGAGGUGAUGUACAGGAAGCCAUCAAAAACCUUUUAAGUAGUGACAAUUUUGUAAAACAAGGAAUACUUAUUCAAGAAAAUGAGAAAGGAGAUAUACAAAUGACAGUAUAUUCACUUUUUAAUAAAAAUGACAGCAGUGAAAUUGAACGUGAUAAAGUUGUAGGUGGUGACAUUAAACGAACCAUUUCUUCCUUAAAGUCUUAUGUGACAUCCAAUGAAAAUUUUGAAAAGGUAAAAUUAGAUGAUUCAGAAAGGGGUAAUGUCCAGUUUUACACAACUUGCAUUGAAUCUGGAGCAUUAGAUUACUUAAGAAAACUACAAAAAACCUCAGAUGAUAUUGAAAUUAUUAAAGAAAAUGAAGAAAUAAUUGGAGGUGAUGUUGAAGGUACCAAAUUAUUGCUAAAAAGGCAUCAGUUUCAAGUUGAGCGUACUGUGGAUGAAGCUGACAUCAUCCCAGGAGAUGUAUGCAAUACAGUUAAAGUUUUUAUGACAGAGCCAGAUAAUAAAUCUCUCGCUAUAAAUAAAGAAGAGAUUACAAAAGGUGAUUUGAAAGCAACUUUAAAUUCACUUAGUCAAGCCAUAAAUCAGACUGUAGUUGUAGAGAAAGAAGAGAUCAUUAAAGCUGAUCUUCCAGCAACACUGAAGUCACUCAGUGAAUCACAGUAUCAAAUUAAAGAUAUAGAAAAGCCAGAUGUCAUCCCUGGUGAUAUUCAAGGAACCAUUGAUUCUCUUGAAAAAGCUGUAAACGUGACAUCAAAAUUUGCUAAAGAGGAAGUUAUUCAUGGAAACCUUGAGGCGACAUUGAAAUCAUUAAAAGAUGCACAGCGGUCUGUAAAGGAAGUGGAGAAAGAAAGUGUAAUCAGAGGCGACAUUAAUGCUGCAGUGCAAAGCCUGAUAAAUGUUUCUGCUGAAAAGAAAAAUGUUCAACAUCAAGUAAGUGUUCAGGGAGAUGUAAAAAGUACUAUGAAGACUUUGUUACAGCCAUCAGUUCAAACUGUUUACAGAAAAGCAAGUAUUGAAGGUGAUGUUCAAAGUACAAUUAAAACUCUUUUCCAAUCUGAUGACAAAGCUCACUGUAAAAAUAAAAUACUUAUAGAAGAUGCAGACCCCUCUGAACAGCUCUUAAUGGUGAAAAAUACUUGCAGAAAUCAGGAAAGUUCAUUACAUCAAAAUUUUACUGAAACAUCUGAUGCCUUAGAUGAUGUUAAUUUAAAAAAUGACAGAAUGCAAAAGAAAAAUGACUAUUCUGGACAAUAUAUUGAUAGCAGAGAAACAUUCUGCAAAGUGGAUAAAAAACAAGUGAAAGUAAAACAAUUGGAAACAAAUAAAGUCUGGAAGAAGCAUAGCACAUUGUCUGAUGCUCAAACUGCAGAACAAAUAGCUGAAGGAAAAACAUGUUUACUUCAAGGAUUAAGUGAGGAAGACAAAGGAAAAGCAUCUACAGACAUAAUCAAUCAAAACAAGGUGAUGCAAAAGGCAAAACUGUCAUCCAGUAUUAAUACCUCUAAAUCCACUGAAUCACAUCAAGCUAGAAAUGUGAUUAAUAGAGGAAGCUAUCAGGUAUCUGAUCAUGUUCACAAACAAGUGACAAACCAGCAGACACAACAUAAUCAGCAUUCAGGAAAAACUCUUGCAAGAAAUGAAGUAAACAUCCAACAAGCACAAGUUUUAGAUUCUAUCAAUAAUAACAUUGAAAAUGCAGAGAAUGUGCAUACCGUCUUGGACAUGAAUCUAACAAGAAAAGAAAAUGAAAAGAAAACGAAUGCUUAUGAAAAGAAAUGUAUACAAAAAGUUAUAGAAAAAAGUGAAACUGGUUCUUAUCAAGCAGAUGGUCAAUUUCUAAUGAAGAAUUAUUUACAGUCAAGAAAGGUAGUGAAAGAUCAAGAAAAAUCUGAUAGUCGUAUUCUACUUCCACCAUCGCCACCACCACCACCACAGCCUAUUUUGCCAUCAUUUAGGUCAAGUGCUGAACCUGAGCAUUUUCCUUCACCACCUCCACCAGUAACUGACAAACUUGAUCAUGAGGUUCUUCCACCAUUACCCUUAACACCUCCACCCCUUGUGCAGUACACAGAAUCAGCUCAUAAGAGAAUGAGUUCUCUGUGUCAUCAAGAUCAUGUGAGCUCACAUAGUGAACAGUCAAAAUUGUUUACUGGUAACUCCUCUGUAAAGAAGUUGGAGGCUGCACAUAAGGACUUUACAACUGAACAUGUUAGUAAGCCUACAGAAAAACAAAGGUUUGUGGUACCUCACAAGUCUAAACUUCCUGUUUUUCAGCAUAAAAAAGGAGAUACAUCAAUUAAUCAGAUUGCUAUAAGCAAGCAAUUCAGUGAGACGACAUCAGCAUCAGAAUAUGAACAAAAAAUCAGUGCAUAUCAAUCCAACAGAGAAAGUGUAGAACAUUCAGAAUCUAUCUGUGAAUCAGAAACAAUUCAUCAACAAAUUGUGACACCCAAAUCUAAAGAGUUAAUCUCGUUAGGAAUAUUGCCAGAUGUAAAAAUAAAGCAUAGCUUAGAAGAUAUGGAAAAUGUUAAAAUUAAUAAAAAUAGAAAAGAAGCAACAUCUUUGGUGUAUGUACAAAAUACAAGUAAUAGUCACACAAAUGCAGAAGACUAUGAACAAUCAGCAUGUGAUCGUGAAAUUAAAAAUAUUCAUCAAGAGACUUUGCAACCCAAGAAGAGAGUGUUAUUCUCGCCAAGUGUAUCACCAGCAUUGCAAACAGGCACUUCACAAGCUAAAAAUGUUAAUAGAACUAAUGUAACCAAUAAAGAAACAGCAUUUUCAGUAUAUGAACAAACAUCAAACAGUAAUCAGUUAAAUGCAGAAGAUCUUGAACAGAUAGCAUGUGAUCGUGAAUUAGAACAAAUUCACCAAGAAACUUUACAAGCCAAGAAAAAGGUGUUUUUUUCACCAAGAAUGUCUCCAGCAUUAAGAACCGACACUCCACAAACGAAGCCAAAACCAUAUGUGAGAAAAUUUAAAACGCCACUUAUGAUCGCAGAAGAAAAAUACCGUCAGCAAAGAGAAGAGAUGGAAAAAAAUAAGGAAAAAGUCAUAUUUCCUGUGCCUGCAUCUCUUGACAUUGACUGUAAAAAAAAUAAUUUAGCAGAAAACUUGGAAAUCACAAAAUCUUCAUUGAGUGGAUUGUCACAUACUAUAGUGACAGCAAAUGAUGAUGUCAAGAAUCAAGUAUGUCUUUCUAAUGCAGUUGAUUCUUUAAUAUUGAAAGGGGAACACCAGAAUGCAUAUGAUCAUGUAACCAUGCAAAAGUCUAGCUUAACAUCGAAUGCAAGCAGUCUUCUAAAAAGUGAAACAUUAACACAGGAAACAAAAUUGAAGCAAUUAACUAAGGUGGUUAAAGAAGACAAAGCAAUAGAAUUAACAAAUCAGCAGUACAUAGUCAAUGAAUCAAGACAAGCAAACAAUGUUGCUCAAGCAAAAGGUAUGGAUGUUUCUUCAAAACCUGAGGCUAAAACUCUAAAUAACAGCUCACUGGAGCCUAACAAGUCUGAAAUUAAUUUGAAACAGAUUAAAAGUGGUGACAGCACGAAAUCAAGUAAAAAUGUUGCUCAGAGAGUGACUGAUAAGAGUGAAAGUGUGCAGUUAUGUGAAAAGAACAUACACCAGAGAUCAAAUACUCAAUCAAUUUCACAUAGUUCAGAACAACAAAAAAUAGGUAAAUCCAUGAAUGUAUUAAUCACCUCCAAUGAUGAAGAAAUGACAAAAGCACCCAACAGGAAUAUAGAUAUUUCUGUAAUCAAAGAAAAUGAAUCUCUAUAUGCACCCCAACUACAAAAAGAGCUGGUUAAAAAAGAUACCUCAGUGAGGCGAAAAACAUUUGACAUAAAGAAACACCCUGAAAAGCCCAAGGUAAUUGUGGAGAGCAAAACACACCAAGAGUCAACUGCAAAAAAAGAACAAGUUCAAGAAAAACAAGAAUUUACCCAAAAUAUUGUAAAGGACAAACAUAUGCAUGAAACACAAUCUAAAAAUGAAAUUAAAGAAAAGAGACAGCUGUUAUUAUCAUCUAUGGAAUCACAAAACAAAAAGGAAAUUAAGCAAACAGAUGUAAUAGAGUGCCUUAGAAAAUGUGAGGAACUGAAGAAAGUUGUUUUAGAAGUGAAUCAAUUUGAAUUAAAUCCAAACACAUUGAAUAAGAACACAUUUAAGGUUUUUCUAAAUAUUGUCCCCUCAUGGUUGAUUGGUGCAGACAAAAAGAAUGACAUAGCUGAUAUAUCAGCGUCAUGCUCUUUAGAUGAGAUUACAAAGCACAUAUCAUUCAUUAAACACUAUGCACUAGAGAUGCAGUCAUCUUUAGAGGACACUAUACAUGCAGCAAUACAAGGUUCCUCAACUACAAAAGGUAGCAAUGAAUCUAGCACAAUUUCUGGGAUAUCACAUAAGCAAAUAAAAAAUCUCUCCAAACAAGUAGAAAAAUCAAAUAUAGCAAUUCAAGAAAAAACAAAAGUUAGUAAUGAGUUUAGUAGAGUAGCUGGCAACAUUAAACAAUCAGAUUUCAGGUCAUGUUCACCUUCUUUGAAAAUGAGAUCUCCUUCCCCUACCUAUAUAACGAUAGAAUCUACAGCAAGGCGUACAGAAUCGCCUCAGAAAGAACAUCCACAAUGUGCAUCUCCUCAACAAAAAGAACCUUCAGCAGUGCCCCUUCCACCACGCAGAUCCGUCACACCUAAACUUGCCUCCUCCCCAUUACCACAAAAAAGUCGUUCCGAACAACUUGCAAAACUAAAAGACACCACAGCAAAAUUGUCUCAUGGAAAAGCACAACCUAGAGCAGUCACCCCUGUUCCAAUAGUAGUGGAAAAAAAGUGUGAGAUUGUUCAUUCCCCUGCUACUCUACGCAGACAGUUGAAAAUUGAAAGCCAUGCAGCUGAAUCUAUUUGUACAACAACUGCCCCUGCAAAUGAGGUAUCUGUCAGCAUAGUGAAGGCAAGGAAGGAAGUUCAUGAAGAUGAUAAAAAAACAGAAGUACAUAAAGUUCAUACCCAGAAAGAUUCAAAACAUACUUCAGAAUGGCUGGGCCAAGACAUCGAUAGCUUGGAUGUUGUUUCAGUUACAAAAAAAAUUGAGAUUCCUAAUAUACAUUCUUAUGAAUCAACAGAGAAAAAGUUCUUCAAAAGAGAAGAACCCACUUUGCAUGAAAAAUUUAAAUUUGAAAAAAAAGAUAAGAGUCACAAGACAGCUGAAAGUGAAACAAAAUAUAUUAAUUUUAACACAAACAAAGCUAACCAAUCUGUAAACAAGAGUGCCUACCAGGAAAACAAUAGAUCUGCCCCUGAAACUAUACCUUCCCCCCAGGAUUUCAAUAAAGGUAAAGUCAGGACUGUCCCUAUAAGACAAAUAAAGGGCAAUAAAGAAAAUGCUUCUAAGCAAAUAUAUAUAAACAGACACCAUGACAAUACAGACCAUUUAUUCAGUCCCAUGAUGCACUCUGAAACAAUAUCCAUCUCUGAACAAGUUUCUGGUGUAGGCAAAGUAGAAAAGAAAUCGGGAAGAUUAAGAGUACCACAAAGUUCUGAAAGUGUAAAACCUGGAUUUGAUUUCAAACAUGCUCCCCCAACAUAUGAAGAUGUCAUAUCAGGUCAUAUGUUAGACAUCUCUGCUGCUGAAUCCCCAGAGGAAUUAAUGAAAAAUUUUCAAAAGACGUGGGAAGAAAGUGAAAGAGUCUUUAAAAGUCUUGGUUAUACAGUUUCUGACACCUCUGAAAUGAGAAGUAGCUUUCAUCAGGAAGAAUUUAUUUCCGAAAAUGCUGCAUCAGGUCAAGGAAAUUUGUAUUAUUUGUCAAAAGAAGGUAUACCCAAUGGAAUCCCUAAUGACAGACAAGCAGAUCUAUCAUAAGAAUUGCUUCCGCUGCAGCCACUGUGGCAACAGGUUAAGCUUGGGAAAUUAUGCAUCCCUCCAUGGACAGACAUACUGCAAACCCCACUUCAAACAACUUUUCAAAUCAAAAGGAAAUUACGAUGAAGGUUUUGGAUAUAAACCCCACAAAGAGCUUUGGAACCCUAAAACUAAAAU